AUGGCCUCGAUCGAUAGGCUGAGCAGCUUGCCGGACGACGUCAUAUGCCACAUUCUCUCUUUCCUCCCGACUAAGCUCUCAGUGGCGACCAGCGUUCUCCGAAAAAGUUGGAGAUUUCUAUGGGCCCAUGUACCCUGUCUGAACUUCAGCGGAUACGAUUUCAGGAAAGCAGAUUUCUCGGAAGAAGAAGAAACACAAGCCUCGAACAUCAUCCACAGGGUUAUAUUGCAGCACAAGGCAAAAAGAAUAUCCACUUUAACACUCGAUUGCAUCAACUGCAACGAAUAUAAACUGGAGACAUUGGUUACAACUGCCAUCGACCGUUGUAUCCAGAAUCUUUAUCUUAAACUUAACUUCGAUACGUUCCCUCGAUCACUCUUCAACUGCAAAACCAUUGUCGACUUGGAGCUUGAUAACAAUAGAGCCCCACUCUCUGCUGUGGGCAAUGUCUCUCUGCCUAGCCUCAAGAAGUUUUAUGUUUAUAAUGUUGUGUGUGAGAAUGAUGAUACGCUUCCUCGCUUUCUUUCCGGUUGUCCGUCGCUCGAGGAGUUGAAUAUGGUAUUCGGGUUUGUGGUGGAAGAUGAUUAUGUGGGCUGCAUAAAUAUAUCAUCACUCACGAUAAAGAAGCUUAAGCUUCAUCUUAAAGAUGUGUUUUGUCCAUGUAACCUUGAGUAUAGGAUGAUAAUAAACGCCCCGGCAAUUAAGUAUCUCCAAGUGAAUGGCUAUGACUUGGAACGUAUGACAAUUCCUAUAACCAUGAUCUCCUUAGUUGAGGCUAAUAUCCACUUAAAAAAUGAUUCGUGCAUAAAUUUCAAAACGAAUUACUAUUCCACAGAUGUGAAGUUUCUUCAUUCUCUGUGUUAUGUAAAGUGCCUAAAGAUAUCUGGUUGGGAUCUUGAUGAGUUUAUCCAAAGAGGGGUUGCUGGUUUAAGUCUAAAGUUUCGGAAUUUAACCAAACUUGAACUCGGAUUAUACGUUGAAAGGACUUUGUUGGUAAAGUUCCUUGAAGCUGCUGAAAAUCUUGAAGUUCUUAUUGUUUAUUUGAGGAUGGAAUCUUUGUGGACCGAGCCCAAACAAGUACCUAUAUGCAUGUUAUCACGUCUAAAAACUAUAAUAGUUAAGUGGAUAAAAUUUAGUGAGCCUGAUCUUGACAUGAUAAGAUAUCUUUUGAGGAAUUCUCGAGUAUUGGAGAGGAUGGAAAUAUUUGACCUAACUUUUAUGUGCAUUGAUCGGGAAAGAAUCAGAAGAGAAUUUCAUUGUUUGAGCGAGGCUAACGCAUGCCAGCUUGCCUUCUAUUUUGCUAAGUGA